UGGGCCCAGACUGUUUUAUUGACGCAGGCGCACUGAGGCCCAACAAAGGGCCGAAAUAAGAACGGUUCGCAAGUGAAUCUGAUGUAUUUAUGUCAUAAAAAUGGUGAAAUCUGUGAAGUGGCGAGUAGAAAUUAGGAUAUUCGACGUGUCGAAUCAUGACCGAGGCAUCUGAAAAUGCCUACUUGGUGCGCGUGCGAGCGCAGGUGAUGUGCCGCGACGAGGGCACCGGCGGCUGGCUGGCGCUCGGGGGCGGCGGCCUAGCCCACGUCAUGGUGGGCCGCCGCCCGAGGCACGCGCGCACACAAGGUGGCAGCGACAGUAACGGCGACACAACAUCGUCGACGACCAUCGCCCCGGCCGCGCCCAGCCACGAAUACUUCAUACACGGCCGUCGAAUUAGCGAUAACAUGGUAGUCCUAGAAUGCACGAUAAAGAAAGACUUCCAGUACAACAAGGUGAUGCCGACCUUCCACCACUGGGUUACUGAUGAGAAGCGGUUCGGCCUCACGUUUCAGACAGCGGCGGAUGCUCGGGCGUUUGACAAGGGAGUCAGGACUGCCAUUGAAGAACUCUUGGACGGUCUGGGCGGGGCGUGGCCAUCGCUUCACGCGUACAAAAAACACAAUCCAGCGCCUAAAGAGGACGACGAGGAACAGAACAUAUUCGAGUGCCUGAACCUGCCGUCGGACUCCAGAUCGUCCUCAGAGAACUCGACGGCGUCGCGCGCGCGGCGGCGUCACGACGAGCUGGCGCAGACGCCCAUACUGUCGGCCAUCAACCUGCCCACGCACGGACACUCCGAGUCGAUGAAGCCAUACGAGAUGCAGUACGAAGAGAAACUGGAAGAUUCCGACGCGGACCGAUGUCCCUACGUGCACCUUUCUGCGGUGCAUGAGUACACGUACCCGUCUGUGGGCGCCGGUGUGGUCAGCUCGGAGAAGUCCUCGCCCAACACGAAGCCGCCACUGCUCAAACGGGACUCCGGGUCAAUAAAGAAGUGUGGGUAUAGCGGACCGCCGCCAUUACCAGACAAGAAGCCUACAGACACCUUCCAAGCCCGGUUGAAAUGCAGACACUGCCACGAAUGGUACUUGGAGAGCGCGAACCGCGCAGGCGCGUGCGAGUUCGCGCCCGACUGCUUCAAGUCGUGCAUCGACUGCGUUACGUGUAUCAAGUGUGCACAGUGUAUGCUGUACCACUGCAUGUCGGACGCGGAGGGCGAGUUCGCCAUGCAUCCGUGCGCGUGCGGCCCGCCGGACAACUCGUGCGCUAAACGGUGGGCGGGCGUGUCCCUGCUGUCGCUGGUGGUGCCGUGCCUGUGCUGCUACCCGCUGCUGCGCGCCUGCCACGCCGCGGCGCGCGCGCGCCUGGCCGGCCGCCACGCGCCCGCGCCCCCGCCCCCGCAAUAGCACUACGCCGCCCCUGCCGCCAGGGGCGCUAAUCUACCUACCACGGUAGCCGGCCAAUGGGUUACCGAGCAGCCGGGGAUGAGUAGCCGGCCCAGGGACUUGGAAAAGAUGGACCCGGACUUCGGGAGGAUCAAGUAUGACCACAACCGCAAGUUCAAUGAAGACUUCGAACUGCUGUUGCAGCCGAAGAAGUGAGCAUUUAAAAAAAUAUAAUUUCAUUAUUAUUAAUUACAUAUUACUUGUCGAUUCUGUAAACUUCAUAUCACCCUUUCCUAUAUAUUCUCACCGUUCAAACCUUCCCUGGACUUCUACCACACGCCGGAUAUUCGAAACCCUCGUUUUACACACAGUUUAUAAUGUGUAGUUAUAAACAAAAUAUAACAAUGCCUUCAAAUAAGUUGUUGUUUACAAUCUUAUAAUUGAGAAAUCUAAUAUUUGGCACUAAAAAUGUCUUCAUUUUUUAAAGAUUUUUUUGUUUAACAAACUAUGAAAUGUAGAUAAGAAUCACACUAAAAGUGUUAAUACACUUUUCCGAGAAUCGACUUAAACCAAAAUCAAAUAACGCCGAAUAAAUUGCAAGGCCAAUCCGGCUUAGUUUUUUUGUUUAACGUGGUUUUGUACCGCAUAAUUAUCUUGGUCGUAUAUCCUUUAUAUACUGUUACUGAUUCCAGUACGGUCACGAGCAUUAAUAUGUAUACACUUUGGUACCAUAUCACAUUAACUUUCUUGACAAAUUGAACUGAAGUCUCACUAAAUGUCAAAUAUGUUAGUGCGACAGAGUCCUAAAGUGGGUACAUUAUUAUUGCUCAUGACUGUACACACCGUCUAAUUUUAAGUUGUACCUGUCAUUUUCUUACCCGCUGAAAAAGAAAGGGACGGGUAAUCGAUUGACAUUUUUAUGGAACACAGGUCAAUUUUAUUCAGAAAUUUGAAAAUCCCUUCCAUAGUUGUAUAUUGGCCAAUAACCCGAUAGAAUUAAGUUGACAGCACACGUCAAACGUGUCGCAUAUUGCGCGAGAUGCCUAUUUUAUUCGCCCGGGUUAUUCAUUCAUUUUAAAAUUAACAGUUGUCAAUUAUCCGUCCCUUUCCAUUUCGGCGGAUAAGAAAAUGACAGGUAUAACUUAGGAUGUGUCUGCAGGAAUCGGGGCCGCUAUUAAUAUAUAUGCAUUUCAUCCCGGCUUAAGUCGCUUCCAAAUUACCAAGUGUGAAUAAAACCUAUUGUCUUAUCUCUAUACUUGUGUAUUUGUGAUUCGUAUACAUUUAUGAAACGUUGAUUUGCAUUCAAAAAUGCUUUUAUUAUUAGGCUAAGUUUUAGAAGUAAGAGGGCCGUAUUCAGGAACUUUGCUUAUCACCUAUCACGUUGGUCUAAGAGAAUGCUCGGUGAGGCGUGGGUACUUAGUUCAUCUCGCGAUGGAUGUACUUCUUACUCAGUACCUCUUACAGUCGUGGUAUGGUUUGGUGGUGUAUGUUAUCUCGGUGUUUUGAUGACUAUGUGGUUCAAAUAACAGAUGAGGUUUACUAACAGACUGAAGGAUUGCGUAAACAAAAAGUUCUUAUGGCUAGCUUAUCUAUACUUAUAUCUUUUUGUUACAGGGGUCUAAAAAAGCGACAUCGAAGCAAUUUACCCAAAAAGCAAUAUUUCAAUUUCAUACUUGCGCAUAUAAACGUAAGUGCGCAAAUAGCAAUAUUGCUUUCUUAGAUGAAUUGCUUCAAUGUGGCAAUCUUAUCCCCCCAAGUUGUGUAUAAGCUACGCAACAAAAGGAUGGAAAAAAUAAGAAAAUUUUCUCGAAUACGGCCCAGGGGGAGUGGUACCAAAUUACUAACAGCAAGCAUAAGUAGGGGUUAGAAAAGUUAUCAAUAAGAACUUACAGUUGUAAAACAACUAAGUAUGUCUUAUUCCAAAAGUUACAUACUCUUUUCUAAAAUACCCUGAAAAGGUACCGAUGAAACACCAAAUACCCUAUAAUCGGGGUAGAAUUCCACAAAAAAAACUAUACUUCACUUUUUAAAUCUGGCAACAUUGGUCUCAUCUUAAUCGCCAGUGUUGCUAUUUCGAUUUAAAAAUAUUUACAUAUUUUUUUGUAUUGAAUUUAGCGUCCCCUAGAUUGGCAGUUCGUUUGGGCUCAGGCGAAGUGCGAUUGACGGGACGCUAUUGCACGAUCAAUCGCUGAUUGAUGAACGUCAAAAGUGGCUUUAUAAAUCCUAAAGAUUGGCUAGUGUUUAUUAUGAACUUAGAUCAGUUCUACACUAGCGUAAAUGUGUGCGUGACUUCGGCAAGUCUUUGCUAAAAUGUAUAGAAUUUUGAACGCGUUUUUCAGCGUUAAGGGUGCGACCCUUUUUCAGCACAAAUCAGUGACUGUUCCACUGAAAUGCACAAUUUAUUUAACAGAACGAAUAUAAGUGUAAGUAAGUACAAAUAUGCAAUGCAAAUAGAAUGUUAUCACUGUUUAUGUUCAGGUUAAUAACACUAAAAUCAUUAUUUUUAUGUUAAAUUCCAUGAUAUAUACAAAUAUAUAUUUGGGUCUCCUAUAAAUCUAUAACAUUUGACAAAAAGCCUAUAUAUACGUCCCACAGGUGGGUUUAGGCGUCCACUCAAACAACCAGAGGAGGUAUGUAGCAUACUCCACCACGCUGCUCCACUGCGGUUUAGUGGAGGAUAUCAAUAAAUGAGGGUAAAUCAUGCGAUUAAAUCUACGUUCUAAACUGUAGAUCGUGAAUUCCUUAAAAAAAACUGCAUUUUUAAUACUCUGAGCUGUACGUGAGCGUAUAAAUGUACCAUAUAUUAUCGCCUAUUGAAUUUAAAAUGAGUGUUUCUAUAACGCGUUAACCACACGUCGUAAAAUGGCAAAGAAAUGUCGAAACGUCAAAAUGCCGACUUGCCAUAGGUUGUUUAACCCCCUCUACGUCAAAUUUAGACGUAUUUUGACAUCACUGCGUCAUUUUACGGCUUGUAGUUAAGACGUUGAUAUUAACUCUUACGGCCGUAACUCUUAAACCUGGUGUAACUUUUUAAACCGAACAUAAACUAAGAAUAAGCAUUAGCUACAAAUAAUCGAAAUAACUUAUACCUAGGAUAACCUUGGUGUAAUGUCUUUAGAGAUCAUAUAUCUUCGUGUACUUUUAACGCUCACCAUCUGUCCAGCCAAGUAGAAAAAUACCAUGUAUACUCAUUAUUUUCAAUAAAGGAGACCCAAUAUUUUUCCAAGAAGAUUGUUAAUCAAAUGUGAAAUUGACUUACUUGAUUUAUGUUUUAACUACUUUAAAGAUCAAUAGAAUAAGAUAUAACUUGAUAAACAAAUGAUACUUACUAUUACAGUGAUCAAAAUCUAAUAUUUUACUAAGAUAUAAAGCUAUCCAGUGUAAGGCAGUCACAUUGUUUAGUAAAUAAGAAUGUUCUUACAAUUUAGUCUUUGGUACACUACGUUCUGGCAGCAUGAAUCUACACAACUCCAUUAGAAAUAAGUAAAAAAAUAUAUUUAUUCGUACUUUUGUCAAAUAAAAGCGAGGAAAGUGAAAAACGUGACGUCAAGAACUUUUAAAAAGCGAACGACGGUUUGUGUGACUAGUGCAAUGUCAGACAGUUUUUUACUAUGGCAACACUGAAGUGCAAAGUGCAAGUGAUUGAACGCUUAAGUGUUUCAGUGGUUAACAAGACUAUAAUCGUGUUUAAAAAGUGGCAACACCCCAACAGGGUUGCAACUUAAGUGUAGAAUUAUUGAUUAGGGCAGUCCUUUGGGCUCAAAAACUGCGCCAAAUUAGUAAUUUCUACCCCCUGUAAUUUAUUCAAAUUUUUCCAACUUUUUUAUACAUAUGGGCUAGUGUUGCCAUAUAUAAAUUAAUGUUGCCACUUUACGUCUAUGUAUUUAAAAAAUAUAUUUAAAAUCGGUGUUUUGUGCGAAUUUCGUGAACCGCUUCGAUUCGCUAUGAUCCAAAUAUAUGCAAUUUACAAUGUCGUUUAAGAUCUAUGUAUUGUGCCAUAUAAUAGUUGUUUGUUUUCAUAAGUUUAAAGUAAUUCAUUUGUAUGAAAGUUUCUGUAUGUCUUCCAUGACUAUUCAACUUUUGACUUUUGCAGUUUUCUAUUAUCUCUGGAAUUAUCUGAAUGUUAAAAAUGCAAAAGUUAUAAAGAAAAUCUUAGAAUUUGUCAUAAUUUCUUUGUCGAAUUGUUAUAUUUGAAUUAAAUGUUACCUGUUUGGAUAUCUCACUAAUGAGUUGAAUUUAUGCGAAUUUUAUUCAAUGUACAUGACAAAUUGUUAUACAAAAGUUAACAUAUCUCCUCAAUGUUAUAUAAUGUCGACGUUUAUGCUUCUGUAAUAACUUCUAGCAUAAAUUUAAACUUUUUAAACACGUUUAAAUUUAGGCAAGAAACUCGAUGUACUUUAGAGUACGCUGUUUUCAUUUUUAUAAAUUAGAAUUAUUUAAAAUUACGGGUAGAAAAAUUAGAUUACGAAAUUUUCGAUUCUCGUCGAAGUUGUAAUAUUUUACUGUAUUUCAUUUCUUUUCUAAUUAAGAAUAAAACAUGUAAUGUCACUAAACAACAUAUUUAUUAUUAGUGUUAACUAUACAUAUAACAUUAUAUGUUAAACAUUUUAAAUAUAUAAAUGUUCAUGUGGAAAUUUACAUUUAAAUUAAUAGUUUCUAAGUAUUAUUAAAUUUAAAGUAAUUGUAUUUUGUCAAAUCGCCCAUUUUCGCCCCUACUGUAUGGAUCUACACUGUCUAGUCUAAUCACUGAACAAAACUAUAUUUUCAAUUCAUCAAUUUUUUACUCAUUCAGUUUUAAAUAAAAAAAAAACGACCAAUUUUUUUGUAUAUUUAUAAAAAUAAGAAUUCAAAUGAAAUUUAUCUAAAGGUUCUUUCUGUUUGCGAGGUCUAUCACAAAUCUUCAAAACGCAUAUAAAAAAAACGAUAAAAAACAUGGGAGAAGAAAAAAUAUAAAAUCCUCAAAAUUUUCAUAGGAUUUAAUAAAAAGGGCUCACUUAUGGAAGUUUUCGACGAUUUUAUAUUUUUCGAUUGCGAUCACGAUUUUCUUGAAUGUAGACAUAGAAAAUGUGAUUGCGAGCAUUAGAUGACGGGAACCAAAAGCUGUUAGUUAAGGCCGUAACACACAGACACCAGAAUUAUCGAGUGACGGACCUCAACAUAAGAAAGAACCUUAUUUUUUCAGAACAAAAUAUUACUCCGCGUAAUUAAUUCAUUAAUUAUUCUUCUAGUUUUUAAUUAUAUAAUGUAAUAAAUGUUAAGUGUUUAACAUUAAGGAACUGUAUUUUAACUAUUUGUUUUUUAACUCUAAAAAUCGAAAAGCGAUAUAUCCAAUUUAUAAUAUUUUCCGUUUUCCAAAAACUAAACAUAAAAAGCUAGAAAUAUAAAGAGACUUUAAAAAUAUUUACUGUAGUAAUUUUAAAUUAUAUUUUUAAGGUUAAAAUUAAUACAUUGGGAAAUAUGUAAAAGCAGAUAAAAUUAUAACAAACCAAAAAGUAAAUUUGUAAGGCGCCCCAGCGGUGUCAGUUGGUUGUUUAAUUAAUAAAAUUAAAUGUAUUGAAAUAUGGAAUAAAUAAUCGUAAUAAAAAUAU